AUGGAAUCGGUAAACAAGCCUGACCAACAAAAAAAGAGCCAAAAUAACUCUGCGCAAAAUAAGAAUAAGCGAAAAAAGAAUCAUAAACCUCAAGAAAAUUCCCUAGAUCCUAAAGUGACAGACAUAGGCAAAGAGAAUGAAAGCACAAUUUCUCAGCCUGAUCUGACGGGGAAAAAUAAAUAUCAGUAUUUAUCUCCAGAAGAAGCCAAAGUCACUAAUAUUGGGAAAGGAAUGAAAAAUAUUAUAAAAAACUCUGACCAAAUAUGCUUUAAAUUAAUAGUAAAACCUAUAGAAAACCCAAAAUUUAUCGAGGAAAAUGACCUUGGAGAAGCUUAUUUAGUAAAUUUUAAAAUCCAUUAUAAAACGAAAUUCGGUGAAAGAAUUGGCCUUGUCGGGAAUCAAGAAUUUUUAGGAAAUUGGAAUCCUAUGAAAGCUUGGCAAAUGGAGUGAAACCAAGGAAAUGUCUGGAAUUUAACGAUCCCGAUCAAUAAAAAUAAAAUAGACGAUAUAGAAUAUAAAUACAUCUGUCGUCAGCAAACCUCGAUCAGAUGGGAGGAGGGGACAAAUCACAAAAUAAAUACAAAGCUAAUCAAUUCUGAAUGUAAAAGAGCAGUAUGCAUAGAGAACACAUGGGGUAAUAUAUAA